AUGGUUGGCUCGCCGAACUCCGCAAACACCCCCUCGCCGCCCAUGCCAUUCGCCGCGGCAGCCCCCGUUCAGUCUGACUCAACUGACGGCGGGCUGGUAAAUGCUCAUGAGUACCUCACACCAGAAGAACGUCAGGAGCGUGAGGCACUCAAAGCUCGUCUGCGCGAACGCGUCGCGUACCAACAGAUGGCAAGAAACUUACGCGCGAAGUUGCAAUACGCGGCGUACAAAGUUCGACAUAACGUUUCACAUCUAACAUUCGAGGAACUCGAGGCGUCGGCGCGUCAAGAAACAGCCGCGGCACGCGUCCCUAACCCCAAUACUCAAGCACGCGCCUUCAUCGCCGCCGCGACGGCCGCCGCCAAUGGGGACCCUGCCAACGCCCAGCGUCGCGGCUCUAUGGCACCGCCCACUAAUGUACCUGCCGGCGCUUCCUCGUCCAACCUUCGCGGACCUCCCAGAAGCGCGACUGAUGGCGCUAACGCUACACAAAGUCUCUACGCGUCGAUUCUUGCUCAACCGCCUCCGAGGCGAGCGCGUACGAUACACAAUGCCGACACCCAGCCAGUGCCGCCACCGCCGACUUCUAAACAAAGUGGCUCUUCUCGCACACGUAAGAGCCAUCGCGGCGAUACAGAGUAUUCGUCCGUCGCCGAACGUACUCGCGGUAGCAAGAACUCCGAGGCAACUGCGAGUGGUUCCGGCUCCAAGCGCAAGGCACCCGCAAGUAGCUCGCGGAGCAAAGCCAGUAAACGCAAGCGCGGCGACGACGCGGCGGUGGCCUCUCGUGACGAUGAUCAAGAUCUCCAGGCAGCCGCUACACUCACCGACCUGUUCCGCAAUAGUCGGUCCAGCUUCAACGCCGGCAGCGUGCAAAGCCCGCGAUCGCAAGCCUCGGAGCCAUCGGACGUCGCUGGCAGCCAGCCCUCGCUCGGUUAUCAGCAGAGCUCGGCUCGCACUCAGCCAGGCACGUCGCCGCUGAUCCAGUCGGCCACGGCCGCGCCGGCUCAGGGUAGCCCGACGACGCCUCCUCGCGUCGAAGCCUCCCCGAUGCAACGCACAGCAACGGCUGGCUCUUCUGCUGCGGCUUCGACAGUCUCGUCUACGCAGCAUCUUACUGCUACGGGCGGUACGUCGACGGGGCCUGUUGAUCAGGAGGCAGUGAAGCUGCUGUACUACCUCCACGAGAGCCCGUCUCCCGCUCGCCCGCAAGUCGGUGCUACUGCGCGCGAGCGUGACGCGCAUGAUGCGGCGACCUUCCGAGCUCUUGCCGGAAAGAAUGCUGCGUCGACCUCCGACGUUCAGGCGAAUGGACGUGUUCUCUUCCCAGGCGAAGAAGCUCGCUCCGGAAGCGCCGCGUCGGCGUCUUCGCUUCCUGCGCGUUCAGGGUCGGCGGGUUCGGGAAGCCCUGCUCCAAGUAUGGAGCAUCUUCCGCCGCAUGCGCGUAAAGUCGCGCAGGAGCCAACAGUCGUUGUGGACCCGCCCUCGCCGGCUCAUGAUGUCGAGAUGCGUGAUGCAGAUGUGCCGCCGCCUACCAUGCGUGUCACACCGCCCACGCCAACAGCGCCUCCACCCGCGCCGAAAGAGCCCUCGCCGCCGCGCGACGAUGCUUUGCCGCAAGCAGUGCCGCCGUCAUCGUCGGCUUCGGGGGCGAUGUACGCAACCGGGCCAUCGUACACGCGCGCAUCCGUCGAGGCCGCAUGA